AUGGACACGCAAGGCCACGAGAAAUACAUGAAGCCAACUUCAGCAUCGCCGGAGUACUACGAACAGGCACCACCACUGCCCCCUCGUACCGCUAGCUCCUCGAACACCCUCCUUGAACAACCAUCAUAUCCAGCUCCUCCUCGGCGAACGAACAGUGUCAGGUCCUCGAAUGAAGACAUCUCUUCAGCAGUGCAUUACACUCGAGAUCCACACAAACUGGUGGCUUAUCUUAUUCCAUUUCCGAAGCCAAGUCUCCACGGCAUUCCACCUGAUGCUAUCCCGACCAGAUACCUGAUCUACACACCUCCGCCUCCUCCUUUGAAAGCACCUCAAGAAGGAGAAAAGGAAGCGAAGAUCCACAAGUUGCAACGCAAAUGGCAAGAAGAAGUGCGCGCAGCGAAAACAUCAACCGCCAAAACCGCGAGCUGGCAGGAAACUCACCGUACCGUCGGUCUCGAGGAGAUGAUCCUGGUCUACAACGCUAGCCUCAAAACCAGUCCAGAUCAGCUCAAAGUCGAGUUCGUCGAAUCCAUGAUGCGCAGUAAGAGCAAGGCUCAGCGAGAUUCGAUCGUCGCCACCGGACUGCUGCCUGUAUCUGCCGCGAUAGACAUCAUGCUGACAUUGAUCUGGCCGUUCGGGGGACUUUUGGAAAUCGAUGCGGUCUGGGCAACUGCUUCGAUCAGAGGCGCAAAAAUCUCUCGAAACGUCACCAAACGACUCCACUCCACUUCUACCGGCGGCAAGCAUGACGAAGACACUUUGAGACUUUCGUUCCAACCUUCGUCUCGUCUCGAAGUACUGGAUAGCUAUCUGAAAGCGAGAUGCCACGAGAAGGAUGCUAAACUUUUCCCAUCCUUCGGUAUUGCACCGAGCGAGACAGAGUGCCUCCAGGCAAUUGGCUGGGCUCCGAGUCAGACUGGUGGCGAGACGAGGAACUGGGAGGAUGAUCACUGGGAGACUGCAGAGGUCAAGGACGAUCUAAAGACCGUCGUAGCCAAGGCAGCAAAUGAGUGGAGCAAAUGGUGCAAAGCUUACGAGAAGAAUCCUGAGAAGGCAGUGAAGAAGUGA